AUGGCUCGAAGGAUGUCGGCAAGUAGCAGUGAUGAACAGUGCAAUCAAGUGGAUGGCAUCAAAAAGACACCGAAAGUGAUCUGUCAUGUGUUUGAAUCUGAUGAGGCAUCUUUCAUUGCGCAGUCGAUCGGCCAGGCUUUCCAGGUUGCAUAUGUUGAAUUUUUGCGAGCGAAUGGUAUAGACGAUCCAUCCUAUCUCAGGCAAAUCGAUUACCAGGAAGUGUUGAAUUCCCAAGAACUUCUCGGCGAUGAGUUAGAGAUGUUUGCGCGAAAGGAAACCCAAAAGGAUGUGGUUGUCCCGAAAAAGAGCGGUGAACCACUUGGAAUUGUUGUGGUCGAAUCUGGCUGGGGAUCGAUGCUCCCGACUGUGGUACUCGCGCACAUGAACCCAGCUGGACCAGCUGCGCGUUCUAAUCAAUUGAAUAUUGGCGAUCAGAUCAUCAACAUCAAUGGCAUAUCCUUAGUUGGUCUUCCUUUGUCAGCUGCUCAGGCCAAUAUCAAAAAUGUCAAAACUGCUACAGCAGUACGUCUGACAGUUGUGUCCACCCCUCCUGUUGUUGAAGUGAGGAUACGGCGACCUGAUACUAAGUAUCAACUAGGGUUUUCCGUUCAGAAUGGUGUCAAUUUGUUCGUUAAUUAUCGAGGUGGAAUAGCCGAGCGGGGCGGAAUCCGCGUGGGUCAUCGGAUCAUUGAAAUCAACAACCAGUCGGUGGUGGCCGUGGCGCACGAUCGUAUAGUGAACAUGCUGGCAACGGCUAUUGGCGAAAUUCAUAUGAAGACCAUGCCGACGAGUAUGUUCCGUCUCCUCACAGGCCAGGAUACACCUCAGUACAUCUAA